GGGAGAUUGUAAAAUUGGACAAAAUAAAUGGCAUAAAAUAUUUUACUCGAAGAAUACCAGCAAAUAUUACUGAUCUUUUCGCGUUUUUAGUUGUUUGAGGAUCAAAAUGAGGCGAACUACAUUGGGAACAAUGAAUAUAGGGAAUAAAAGCAGAGUUCCUGCAAAGGAUAAGCGAGACGAAAAGGUUCGACCACGUUCGUCGUUUGGUGUCGGAGGUCGGUUGUCAAACCCCGGCCCAAGAUUGUCUGGAGCACGGCCUAAAACGUCUUUUGGUUCAUCUAGGUUUGUCUAGGUUCUAUGUAUUAUUUAGUAAAGUAUUUAAGUGUGCUUUCCCUGUCAAAAUCAGUGCGAGUAACAGACUAAAGACCGGAGAUCAAACGAAGAUCGUGAGUGCAAUAUGAGAGUUGGCAGUAUAAAUAUACUAGUCAAAAUUGCAACCGCGAUCAUGUUUCUCAAAAUUUUGUUUGAAUUUUUAUUUAACAAAUUUAUUCACUUAUUGAAGAUAAUAGAAAUUGACUUGUGUGCUACAAGCCUGCAACAAAACCCCUGAUAAUAGUUGUGUUGUUCCAAACUUUGAAUAUGGCGUAUUGUCGUACAGAAACGCAGCCAGAGAUUUGAGCUGUAAAGCACUAAACUCUUGUCAACUCUUACCCUCAAGGGGACUAAUAAUUCUGAUGUGAAAUAAGUCAUCAUAUAUGUACUUAAUGUUAUUAAACAUGAUGACUGUAUAUGUAGUACUCAGUACAAUCAAUUGUUGUUGUUGUUGUUGUUGUUGUUGUUGUUGUUGUACAAUCAACUGUUGUUGUCAUGAGUUGAUUGACCUGUGUCUGAACUGCCUGAAAAAUGUUGUGUCUACAUACUGUAUGCUAGUCAAAUAUCAUUGAACUUGGUACUGUACCUCUUCAAUGAAACAUCUGACUGUUGCAAAUUAAGAGUAGAAUGAAAAAUGAUUUACCUAAUUUAGCUAUGUGAGUUUGAUUUACAGUGGUUCCCAUCUAGUUUUGAAUGCUAAUAAUGAGUCGUUCCAGAAAAGAUCCAUACUCUCCCCACGGGGGAAAUUUCUGCCGUCCAGAGGGGGAGGGGAGAAAAAAUUGCUUCUGAUAAUAGUAAAUGUAUUAGGACAUCCGAAGGGGGUAGGGGGUUAACUUCCCAUUUCCUCUGUGGGGGUGAUAUGGAUGUUUUCUGGAAUGACCCAAUCUGAACUAAUUUAUAUUUAGGCGAUCAAGUCAAUAUGGUCGUGGUGAUCCUCAUACCCAAUUGAAGGACCCAAGGCCACUUAGUGAUAAAUGUGAGUUGCACGCAGCUAAUACAUAAAAUUUAGAACUAGAGAGCCCUUAGAAAUUGCAUGUAUACAGUACGGUAUAUACCCAGAGGUGUAACUUAACACUUGCCUGGGGCAAGUGAAUAUCAUGAUGGGCAAGUAAACGUUUUAUCUUGCUUAUACCCCCUACCUAUAUAGGUACCCCAGUGGCCAUUGUCUGAUGACAAGUGAAUUUUAUUUAGGGCAACUAAUUUUCAUGUCUAACUUGCCCUGAGGGCAAGUGGUCAAAUUCAAAAAAGUAAACUUACAUCACUGAUACCUCUGCCAGCAAAUCAUAAAUUUCAUAAAUUUGUACAUGACCUAAUCACACAUUCAGUUUUCAUUGUUUGGGAAAGCAAACAAAUUACUUUGAUUGAUUUCUCAUUCAAUUUUCGAAGACAAACUAAUACACCAGGUCUUUCAGAAUCAUAUUAACCCUUUAAGUGGCACUGUGCCGUACUUUAUUAUUCUACUCUGUCUACAAAUGUCGGACAAUUUAUUCAUCAAUACCUGGUCAAUGGGUUAUUCAGGCUAUCUUGAACAGUCAGUGUAGGUAGUGAUGAUAAUAAGAAAGCUGCUGAUUGAUAGGGAUAAACUGCAUGGAAAAUACAAGCAGAACUUCGGCGAGCCCUUCUUGAGGAAGUCAAUAGCGAGGGUCAUGAAAAUUACAUGAGCUUUUAUACUUAGUGAAUAUAUAACCAGCAAAAAAACUUCUGCUUUUCUGACUCACACAGUUCAUGGUUAGACUGUUAUUACUAAUUUCCCGACAAAGGUCCUUCGCUCAAAAUUCUGAAAUUUUGCAUAAUUAUUGUAUUUUUCAGGUAGUUGUAUCACUACUGUAUGUACCUGUCAAAUUAUCAAUCUGCUCAUAUUUCUAGUUAACCCAUUAAGUUGCAUUGUUCCCCAAUGUGCCCAAAAUUAUCUGGCAUUAAUAAGACAGAGUAUUUUUUUUUUUGGGGGGGGGAUACAACUUAAUGAGUUCACCAGCAAUCAGCAUACUAUUGCAUGGAAAUUUGUAGUACAGUAAUAAAAUUUGUGGUACAGUAAUAUGUACGUUAGUUUAGUUAUAGUUUAGAUUUACUAUGUAUUACUAUAAGUUAGUACUUAUAUAUGUAUGUGUAUGUACUUUUUAAGCUUACCAGCUAAAAGAAAUCAAGGAUAUUUUACAGGUAUCAAAUACUGCAGUGGUAAAAGCCUUAUUGAAUACAGAACUUUUAUAUUUAAUUUAUUGACAAGUUUAGUUUGUCAUGUACAGUAGACACUGUCAGAUAAGACCCUGAUGCACAUACAUGUACAAUAUACAUACAUACAAACUUUCUUUAACCACGCUAGCCUCAACAACCGUUGGGAGGCUGAUUUCCAUUCAGGGGCUCACCGAGCUCUUGUUCAUUAUGGGAAUGCAUCAAACCUUAUUGAUCCAAAUAAUGUAGUUGAUGCAGGGUCUGAAUUUUGCAUUAUUCUAAUUAUAUCUACAGGAUACUAAAAUUUGGUUGUGGAUACCAAACUGUGAAUGACUUAUAUUCUGACUGGAUAUUACAAAAUUUCAAACAUUAAUUAGAAUAAUGCUAAAUCUCUAGUGCGUGGUCUCUCAAUAGCCUUGAAUUAGUACAGUACAGUAUGAGCCUAUCUUCUUGAAAAUAACCUGAGUGUCUUGAUUUCCAAAUUGGUGGUCUAGUUGUUGACUUUUAAUGUAUAACAAUGAAAGACAUGUUCAGGGAUGUCAAAAUUUAUGGUACCCAGAAUCCAAGUACUAGUGUGGGAUACUGUACUAUAUAAAUCUCAAAUGGAAUACUAGAAUUUUGGGAUGCUAGAGUCCUAGUAUCCCAGUGGGGUACUGAAAAAAUUUAAAUUUCAGACCCCAGUUGAUGACAGACUAACAACAUGUAUCACAUUUUUCCUAUUAUAUUGUACAUGAUUCACAUCUUCACACUGUCAGUGUGCAAUUUUUCCUUGUUCAUCUGGGACCGGUUGUUCGAAAGCCGAUUAGCCUAACGCUAGGAACCUUAACCUACACUUCUAAGCAAACUUGUUAACAGCUUGUCUAUAAAUUUGGAAAAUAAUGUUUCUUCAGAAAUCUUGGCUGGGUCGAUAGGAGACUUAGAGUUGGCUUCCCUGAAGUUUUGAAAUAAACAGACGUGCAGAAAUACACAAACCAAAACACCAGGUUACAUUUUAAUCCAGGGUUAGCGCUAAUCCAGCCGGCCCCAGAUUUUUUACCUACAGUAAUUCCUAUUUUCUUUUAUUUGAACCACAGUUUCUCUCAGAGAAUGAUUAUCAACACCCAAUCUCCACGAAAACGAUGCAGAUACCAACAAGUAAAGAAUUUCUUAAAGUAUUUUCAGUAAGUACUGUACAUGUAUAUCUUGAAACAUUUAAUAUACGCCUGUAAGCUGAUUGAGGGUAAUACUGUAUCUGGGUAUGUACAUGCAAUACCUGUACACACUUCCAGUGUUUCCAAUAGAAGCCGGCAUCCAGCAAUUUUCACUGUCUGUUGCAUGAUCUGGUAAUCUCCAGUUCUUUCUCAAAAUUAUAGCCCAAAGUAUUCCCUUCUUACCCCAGUAAUGUGAAGGGAAAGGUUUCCUGCCUCUAUAAAUCUCACACGAUAUGCUUUGACGUUAAAUGCGACAAAAUCUCCUAAACUGUAGUCUCCAAAAUGACUGGAAAUUCCAUACCAAAGAGUCCAAAUUUCAAUGAAAAUUUUCGCGGGGAAACACAAACCCAUCGGUCCGGCCCACCCGCUAGGUGGUGGCACCCUUAAAAUCUCAUGUACACCACUCCUCUGAAAAGAGUGGUAUCAGUCAGGUUUACAAGGUAUACUGUAUCUCCCCAGCCUGCUUGCAACCCUAAAUUAAAUCCAAAUUCGGGCUGCGAGAAGCUACCCAGGCCUUGCCCUGACAAAACCCUAAUAAAUGUAUGAUAAGAUUUACACUCGAAUCCUUCUACAAACCUUUCAAUAAUUAGUUCUAUCCAGUGAGAUUUCCAAAAUCCUGAUCAGAUAUUCUCUCAAAUGUCACGUGAUUGCUACAAAUGACUCGUAUCUUGUGGGUUCAAGGAACAGAUUAUUCCUAAGCUAGAAACAACGAGACUUGAACCUGCAACAAACCCCCUUUCCAUUGAAAAAAGAAUUUGCACCCCUUCCUGUCAUUAAAAGCACCAAUUGAAAGCACAUACUGUAUCUGCCCGUUGAAUUGACCUACAGUAUAGUUCUGUACGAGGUUAAAAUUUCAGCCAAAAGCUGGACCUAGGUUAUUCUGAGAAUUGUUGCACUCCGCUGCCGCGCCCAAAUUUCUUCAAGACCAGGGACGAUAAUCAAAGCUGAAGAGAGGGGGGGGGGGGAGAAUUAAAGGUCAUUGAAGAAUAUACAUACAGUACAUGAUCCCUGCUUUGUCAAAAUUUCACUCAAAUUUAGCUUGAAUGUUUGUGUUUUCGUACAUGUUUGUCUUUAAAUUAAUCUUAGCAUCUCAGGCAUGGUGAGUUCCUGACCGCUGCUCCUCCCCUAAACGUUUUCCACCUCCCCUAGCAUUUAUGCCUCGGUAUAAAUACUGUGCGUCUCUUAUCUAGAAAUAUCAAACUGCUCUGAUGAAGAAUUUGACUCCUGAAACAUAUAGCACUAUUAACAUUAUCUGCUACUGAUUAACAUAUGUCUGCAGAUAGCACUAUUAACAUCAACAUUAAUAUACUGUACCUUUCUCAGUUUCUCUACAGUCGGAUCAGUCCAAAUGCAACUUACAAGAAGCUUGUAGAAAAGAGGCCAGAGGAAGAGGUACCAAAGAUAUUGAAAAGCCUUGGAUACCCAUUUACAAUUCACAAGACUUCCUUGUCCAAUGUUGGCUCACCUCAUACCUGGCCCAUACUGCUUGGAGCGCUGCACUGGCUCAUGGAGUUAGUAAAGGUUUGUGAUUAAAUUUUCUUAAAAAUGAAAACAUUUUCUAUCAAAAUUGUCGCAUCACCACACGAGAUGACUUCACCAUGUUGAAAUAAACUUGCGUCUGAUAAAAAAUAUUGUAGUUUCUGUUUCCCAACUGACCGGACCGGUUUUUGGAUGUCGGUUGGUUGUUUGCUUACCUACCGCCCCUUUUUGUUCGUUGCUCGCUUAGUGAUAAUUUAUUACAAUGACGUCCGUUGCCCACAGCUAUAAUUUAUUUCUUUUCGAAAUGUUUAUGUGUUGUGGCAAUGCAAUGGCUCUGGGUACGAGACUGUGGCAAUGUCAUGUAAUAGCUUCAGUAUUAUACAGUUGUAGGCAUUUAUUACAGUACUACCUAAUUUUGCAAGUUGUGUGAUACUGAAAGAAAUUUAAAUUUCAAGGAAUAUUUUUAUGUGUGCUCAAGUGAAAAAAACGGGUUUUUUGACCGAUUUGUGCAUCAGGUGAUAUAACUUAUAUCAACGUUUUCAGUUCUAAGAAAGUUUGGGAAAUUUUUAACCUUUUUGUUGAUUUUUAUGGAUAAUUUUUUUUAAAGAAAUUUCAAAACUUUCUGCCAAAAAAUAUUGAAAAUCCUUUCUAUAGCAAUCAAAAAAUUUUCUAGGAACGUCGUUCCUAGGAUCCACCACUAUUUCCAGGUCUGCAACUGAUCCAGGGUUGUGAUGUACAUAUCGCCUCCUCCGCAGGCAACUGUAUAGUUCUGCAACGUUAUUAACUAUAAAAGAUUUAUCAGGAACGUAGAAAAUACAAGGAAAUAGAUAUGAUAUUAAUAAACAAGAAGCGUAAAUUAAAAAGGCCUGGAGCUAUAUUAUCCACAAGCCAUCCUAUUUUUCCGCUCCAGGCUUUUUUAAUUUACGCUUCUUGUUUAUUAUUAUCAUAUCGUAUUUCAGAACUAUUUCCUUGCAUUUUCUGCGUUCCUGAUAAAUCUUUUAUAGUUAUUAACAUUGCAGAACUACACAGUCGCCUGCGGAGGAGGCUAGUAUGUACGGUAAUUUUAAAAAAUUUAGUCGCCCAAGUGGGUACCAGAGAACAAGAUCUGGUCGCUAAAUUUAAUAUCUUGCAGGUCUCUCUAAAUCAAUUGUUAUGUUUGUAUAUAUAGAUAAAAUAGAAUAACAGUUGUUUAAUACUGCAAAUUACUGUAUAUAUGCAAAAGCAGAUUGAUUUAAAGUGUUUCUCAGUCGCUACUAUAGGACUAUACGUUUAGCAAAUACUUUAUCUGGUCGCCAGAUGAAAUAUUUGGCGUCCGGUCAUUUCAACCCCUGCAACAGAUCACACUCAUAUGUGGCCAUUGCUGACCAAUGUCAAGCAAAAAGAAGUUUAAUUAAUUUUAUUUUCUGACCUACUUACCCGGCUAACAUAGGAUUUUUUCGCUGGGCUUUAAAAUAAAUUUGUUUGGCUUUAAUAUUUUAGUUGUGUAAAUUUGUUUAAAAAAAUCCGAUUAUAGGACUUUGAACAAAACAUGAGUAUGUAGUUUAAAAGUACUGCACUCUCGUCAAGGUUUGAUUACGUUAAAAAAUCUACCAUGAUGAUAGAAAAAAACAUUUUGCACUGUACCCGAGUUUUAUCACAAAAACUCCGAUAGUGUAGAGCAGCCAAGUUUAAUCUCUUAAAUCACCAUUGACUCGGUGUUUUAGUUUGCUAUGGCAGUAAAUGAUGAUGUGGAACAGUGUUUAUUUCCUGAGCUUGAUGGUACUGAUGACGAUAAUGAUACUGCCAUGAACAAGGUUAGUAUGGAUAAUUGGUAACGUCCUGUAUAUACUGACGUCAUAAAUGCUGGGAAAUUACGGCACCCUAUACCUACGGCAGCUAUAUAUAAUGUUCUCGAGUGUGUAUAUUUCAUAAUUUCCAUACCCAGCGCAAGCAGAAAGAUAUUGUCUACGCGGCUGGGUCGAGAACAUUUUCAACUUAUCAUAUUACGGAGUGAACAAUAACACAACAUAUAUAUAUAUAUAUAUAUAUAUAUAUAUAUAUAUAUAUAUAUAUAUAUAUAUAUAUAUAUAUAUAUAUAUAUAUAUAUAUAUAUAUAUUAAGAUGAAAAUGUUCUAGAGUGUGUAUUAUAUAAUUUCCAUACCCAGCGUAAGCAGAAAGAUGUUGUCUGCCGCGGCUGGGUCUUGAACCCGCGACUUCGAAUUACUAGAUCGACGCUCUACCAACUGAGCUACACGGUCAGACGGAUUUAAGACUGGAAAUUAUGAAAUAUAUACUGAAUGUCAUAAACAUACUCGUUUAUAUUAAUUCAGCAUUAAUAUAAAAAUAAUUAAUAUAAAAUAAUAAUAAUAAUUAAAAAUUAAAAAUAAUAAUAAUUAAUAAUUAUAAUAAUAAUUAAUAAUUAUAAUAAUAAUAAUAAUUAUAAUAAUAAUAAUUAUAAUUAAUAUUAAUAAUUAAUAAUUACAAUUUUUUGAUUGCUAGAAAGGAUUAAUAAUUAAUAUAAAAUUAAUUCAGCAUGUUAAUAUAUGCUGAAUUAAUAUAAACGAGUAUGUUUAUGACUUUCAGUAUAUAUUUCAUAAUUUCCAGUCUUAAAUUCGUCUGACCGUGUAGCUCAGUUGGUAGAGCGUCGAUCUAGUAAUUCGAAGGUAUAUAUAUAUGUAUAGUAAUUCGAAGGUAUAUAUAUAUAUAUAUAUAUAUAUAUAUAUAUAUAUAUAUAUAUAUAUAUAUAUAUAUAUAUAUAUAUAUAUAUAUAUAUAUAUAUAUAUAUAUAUAUAUACAUGUAUUACAAUAAGUAUCAAUUCAAGCUUUCCCCUUAAUGUACAACCUGCAUUCAAUUAAGUUGUACAGGUAUAUUCUCAUGAAUGUUUAGGUUUUCUUUGAUUACCUUGAGAGAACAUACGACGCUUUUAUGCAGGGAUUGGAAUUAGAGAAUCUUGGAGAGUAUACAGACGCACUAAUUGAAGAACUAAGUAUGUGAAAAGUUUAAUUUUUCGACAAGGUUUACCAAAUUGACGGAAACCAACAUAGAUUUUUUGCAUAUUUUUCGUAGGAAGUCAAAAUGGUUCUGUGUUUGCAGGUACAGUAAGAUAUAUUGUUUGUUGUUUGUAUACUAACAUAUUGGUAUACCUGCAUUUUUGUUACCAAAAUUACCGAUUACUAUAAUAAAUUAAAAAAUAUUUUGGAUUUCAAUUUACUGCAACACAACUCAGUGAUCCAAAUGUAACAAUAUCAAUUCAAUACACUGUAUAUAGCAAUGCAUUUACCAUGGCUGUAGGAAGCAAUGGAGCGACGCUACCUAAAAAGUCUAAAGGGCUAACUCCAAACUAAAAUAUACUGUACGCUUGAGUAACUUGUGUAAUUCAAAACUAAGUAAGUUAACCUGAGUGUCAGGCUCUAUUUUACAAAUAGAGCCUGACACAAAACUUAACCUGAUCGCUUUCCACCCACAGCAAAGUUUAUAUUUAGUAUCCAAUCAAAAUGUCGCAGGAGAAAUUUAAAUUUCACACAACGACAACAACAAUCUAAUUAUAGCAUAGCAGCCCACUAAACGGCUGAAUUUAAAUUAAAACUGCAAUGAACUUAUAAAAUUAACAAAAAUAAUCACAAAUUAGCGAAAUAUAUUGCAAAUAUAGCUUAUAUUAAAUCGCCACCCGAUUGCUCUCUCCUCCGCAGAGGUUUCAGUGACUACAAUGAGCUUUACAUGGCGCUUAUACCGUAUUUAUCAACAAACUGACGUAUAAUUAUAAAGUAGUAUAUAUAUAUUAACAGCGAAUUUUUGGACCUAGUUUUUUUUAGCUUAAAUAAAAAUUCAGUCUUUUAGAAGCAUUUUCAUAUAUAUUUGACCAUCAUGCGAUGCUUAGAAGUUGCCAAAUUUAACCUCUGAAGUUGGUUAUCGCGUGCGAACUUUUCCGCCGCCAUAUUGAUGCCGUGUGACGUCAUAAGAUGAACGGAAACGAAGAUAUGAAGGUCGUAUUUGUAGUAAAUUAUAUGGCGCGUCAACAUAUUGCAGUGGAAUUUUUCUCUAUUUCACUUGUUUAUGGCGCAGAUAACUGAUUUUUAAAAUCGAAGAACAAGUGCUAUAUUUUAUUGUUUAUUUGACGGCGGAAUGACGGUUACAGACUCAGAUAAUAGUGUCAGUACUACAUCUGGAAGUCAACGAGUAUGGACUCGGCUAAGUCGGCUUUGAAGUACGAUGAUGAACCAAAUAGCUUUUAUACAGCUUCACUAGACGAAGUGAUAGAGACAUUAUAUAACGCCGCUGCAGAUAUGGGCAACUACCAUCUGUGACUAUGUUGGAGCAAUCAAGCGAUGGUACAAUACCUGUAAAAUUAGUGGUAAGUAGAUCCUUUUUAUUGCAUGUAUAUUUAUAUUGUAUUGUGCUCGCCUCGGUAUUGUGUCUAAUUGUUUGUCACACAUCUGGUGUGUGCAACUUAAUAUUUAUUAUAAACUGGAUUGUGCGUGACAAAAAAUAUAAUAACGUUUAUAAACACAAGCAUAUUCAUAGCCUAAUAAUUCGCAAUACUCAAAAUGAUUUGAUUUUGUUUUUAAUAGAUAGCGAUAGGUGUAAUUGGCAAUUAUGGGCUGUGGUUCUAUUGAUGGCUAGUUUUAUUUGGAUGGGAAAACAGAAGAAAAUCAUUUCCAACAAUAACGACACAGCUGCCUUACGUUUGAGCAGAAAAGCGAUCGACUUUAGUUGGAUUUGGCAGAUUGUGACUGAGUUCAGUUAACCAUUGAGUCAAAAUUGUGCCACAGUGCAAUAUCACAUUUACUGUAAUAUUUUGAAAUUAUAUUAAUCUUCAAAGUAAAUCCCUCAUGUUUUGUGCACAAAUAUAUUUCUCACAUAAAUAGCGUACCAGUACAAUAUUAUACUAUUGUAUUAUUAUAUUUAUUGUUACUUUAUACUAUGCAAUAUGUAUUAUUGAUAUGACUGAAUAUAACUCCAAUGUCAUUGUUUCUCUCAAAAUGUCAUCAGAAGUCUUGACGAAACUAGGUCAAGCCGUCAAGGCAUGCUGAAUUGUUGUCUUUAUUUCAAUCUCAAGAUGCUCUGGACAAGAAACUAACUUAACAGGAGAUAGUCUUUUUACAACCACAAAUGAUCUAAAACAUAAGAAAUGUUAAACACUUUAGACUAACUAUAUAGCAUCAUUUGCGCAAAAUAUUCACCAUGUGUGCGAACAUAUUAAUUUGUACUUCACUAUAUACCUGAAUUAUUCGCCUUGCGUCUGUUAGUUGUACUAAAGCCAGGGGAACAAUUCUAGCCAUGUAAAUUGUAUAAACAGUUUCUUCCUUCAGUAUAUUCUUUCCAUUUUACGAGCUUUUAUCAAUGAAAAUAAGAUAUAGCACGAAUCUUCUAAAUGGGCUCAAUCAAAACACUAGGUCUAGGUUCACAGAUGCGCGAAAACCCGCGGUCAAUGUUUACGGAUAAAAUUCACUAACUUUCUUUCACUCUGUGGAUCUGUUUCUUUGUUGGGAAAUAGAUGUAUGGGUAUUCCUUCAGGCGUGCAAUAAUCUAAGGUAGAACUGCCAGAAACACGGCCUUCGUCUCCGCGUUUGUUGGUUUUACUAUAAUUUUAAUACGCCAUGAUGAAAUCGUGUUCAUCUUAUGACGUCACAUGGCAUCAACAUGGCCGAUCAAAAGUUCGCACAGGAAGUGCCAAAAAUGGCCACUUUGGAAGGCUAUGUUUGUGGUAAACAGGUCAGGAAGGAAAGCACUUUUAACUAAGCUAAAAAAAUGAGGGUCGAAAAAUUCGCUGCAGUAGCACUUUAAGUAUACUUUAUAACUAUACGUCAGUUAGUCGAUAGUGCAAUCUGAUGGCGAUUUAAUAUAAGCUACAUUUGCAAUAUAUUUCGCUAAUUUGCGAUUAUUUUCUAAUUUUACUGCAGUUUUAAUUUAAAUUCAGCCGUUUAGUGGGCCGGCUAUAAUUGUAGUUAUGAUCGUUAUAAAAUAUAUCAACAACAAUAGUAUAAUCUAAUUAGCACCAGCCAAUCAAAUGACAGAUUUAAAAAAUCGUUUGUCUAAUCGGCCAAUCAGACGAAAAAGCCAGAAUCUGGCUUUUUACAUGCGCCGCGGUAAAGAAUUGUACCAGGCCCUCCUUCAUUCGCCGCCGCCAAUUAAUCCUGGCGAAUGAAAACAUAAGGGCCUGAUACUCAGGUUAUAACUAAGUGGAAAUAUGAAUUGUGGAAAUAUGAAUUGUGGAGUUAUAACUUCAAAAAUCAUUCGGAGCUAGGUAGCUAAGCCUGGAGCUGGCUAACUCCAAAAAUCAUUUGGAGCUACAGUAAGUAUAACUCCAAAAAUCGUGGAAAAAAGCUAGAUAUCAGUAAGCCUGGAGUUAUACUGGCUAACUUCAUUCUCGUACCCCUCGACCCUCGUCAUGCUUUGUUGACCUCGUGUAAGACGGACUCUGGGUACAUGUACGUGUAAUUCCAUUUGAAGAUUGGCUACCUCCACAAAUUAAAAUAAAAUCUACAGGUAUGGCAUGUACGAAGUGUUAUCAGAUUGGCCAGUAUCAAUUGAUAGUGUUAGCUAUACGUAUUCCUAUGAUGGGUUUUCUAAGCCUAAUUGUCAUUUGUAAAGAUCGAAGUGAACUAGAAUAUCGGUAUUGGCCCUUGACAUCGGUUAUCGGAAUAUUGAUAGUUACUGUAGUUCCAUAUCAUAUCAUCAUAUCGAUACAUCACGACUUCUUACCUAUAUUGCAAUGUUCGUGUUAUUUAGAAGUAGAACAACUGUCACAGGAAAACCAGCAAUUGGAAGAGGAGUUGAAAAGACUUCAAAAUGAACCAGUAUGAUCAUUUUAAAAAUACCAUGCUUA